AUGAAGUUAUUUUAUGUGUGUACGUUAAUUGUUUUAGCUUUCUGUGUUCUGUUUUCUUCCUAUCUGGAUGUAAGGGUUCCAGAACCUAUUGAGGAGAAGCUUAGUCUCAGGGUUAUGGAGGGAUGUUUGAAAGGCACCGGCCAUUUUAUAGGCGUUCUUAUAUCUCUUGGAAUUUCAAAACCCUUCUCACCAUUCUUAAAAAGUAUUGGUAACAACGUUUACAGAGUAUGUACUACUGGGAAUCUAUGGAAUGCCAAGGACACAAAUCUAAAGAUAACGGACAGGUUAAUGAAUGGAAUACCAGUCCGUGUGUACGAACCACUGAAAUCUUUACAUCAAUCCAACAGACCAGUCCUUAUAUACAUCCAUGGAGGAGGCUGGACCUUUCUCUCUACUGAUAACUAUGACCUCCUGAAUCAACAGAUUUCUAAGGAAGCCAACAUCGUGGUAAUAUCCGUGGAAUACCGUCUAAGUCCACAAAAUCCUUACCCAGCUGGAUUGGAUGAUGUAGCAAAUAUUGUUUCAUACGUAUUCAACAACGCUAGAGAUCUUGGGGUUAAUCCAGGCCGUAUUGCAGUGGGUGGAGACAGUGCUGGCGGGAACCUUGCUGCAGCAGUACAACUUCGCCCUGAAAUGCGCGGGAAAAUUGAAAUGUUACUUUUACUAGUACCUGUGUUACAGGCGGUGAACAUGAAAACAAUAGGAUUUACAGAAAAUGUAGAGUAUCUACACAAAAGUAUGAACGAUCCCGGGCAGGUUAACUUUUUCUUGAAUUACCUUAAUUUAGAUCACUCAUUGUAUGAUGCAUUCCGGAACAAUCUUCACACGUCUGCUGCUUUCAAACAAGGGGAAUACAAAUUUUUGUUUGAUCAGCAGAAAUAUCUUCCUGUUGAAUAUAUUCGCUCUAAAGAGCUUAAACUAAAGAAAACUGGGAUUGAAGAUAUUGGCAAUGAAACUUUAUUUGGAGAAUUGAAGGAUAAAUUAACGAACCCGACCAUCUUUCCUUUAAUGGCAUCAGAUGAGGAGCUAUCUUAUUUCCCGUUUACGUACGUUAUGGCUGCGGGAUAUGAUUUGAUUCGUGACGAUGCAAUAAUGUUUGCAGAGCGUCUCAGACACCUAAAAAAAGACGUAGAACUUUCACAUAUAGCUGAUGGAUUCCAUAACGCUUUAGUGAUGUUUAAUGGACCUCUUGAGGUGAAUGUUGGAGUGAGAACAGUCAAUGAUAUCAUAAGAGUACUGAAGAAACUGUAG